CACAGAAACCACAAUCUAUUGUCUUGUAUUGUUGUCAAACAUUCAUCCAAUGAUCUCAAUGACCACAACAAUAACCGAAAACAUAAAUAUAUUCCCAAAUUUGAUGAAACCUUUGACCUUUGGUGGGAUCAGCUUAUGUCCGAUGCGAGUGAUGAGUGCGAACCCGUAUGGCUGGACGGAGAGGACCCGCUCUUCAUUCUGUAUACGAGCGGAAGCACUGGUAAACCCAAAGGUGUCGUUCACACAAUCGCUGGAUAUAUGCUGACAACUGCUCUGGUCUUCAAAUACGCUUUCAAUUACAAAGACGGCGACAUCUUUUUCUGUACCGCAGACUUGGGUUGGAUUACUGGCCACACGGCCAACGUGUACGGCCCGCUGGCCAAUGGGGCCACAGCUGUGCUCUUCGACGGUAUACCCACUCAUCCAAAACGCCUACUUAACAGAUUAAUCGCAUUGGUUGGCGAACCAAUCAACCGCGAGGCCUGGCUCUGGCUCUAUAACGUUGUGGGCCGUCAACGGUGUGCUAUUGUCGACACUUACUUUCAAACAGAAACUGGUGCUCCCAUGAUAUUUCCCAUUCCCGGGUGUGUGUCUAUGAAACCGGGUUCGGCAACGCUUCCAUUCUUUGGCAUUUUGCCCGUCAUUCUCAAUGAGGAGGGAAAGGAAUUAAGUGGACCUAACUCUGGAUAUUUGGCUUUUAAAAACGCGUGGCCUUCUAUUGCCAGAACUAUUGAUGGAAAUCACGAACGCUUUGAAACAACUUAUUUCCGAAAGUUUCCCAAAUACUACUUCACUGGCGAUGGAGCCGUUCGCGACAAAGACGGCUACUAUUGGGUGACCGGACGUACGGAUGAUAUGCUUAACGUUUCGGGACAUCUUCUGUCCACAGCUGAGGUCGAGUCCGCUAUUCUUGACAAUAAGAGAGUGGCAGAAGUGGCCUCCGUUUCGAUGCCUCACGCAAUCAAAGGCGAAGCCAUUUGUUGUUUUAUUGUAUUAAAAGCGCAACAAAUCUAUGAUUUAGAUCUGGAGACUGACAUCAAACAACGAGUUCGCGUAAAGAUCGGUCCGUUGGCGACCCCUGAAUGCAUUUAUUCAGUGAAAGCAUUGCCCAAAACGAGAUCGGGGAAAAUAAUGCGAAGAAUAUUGGCUAAAAUAGCCAGAAAUGACCGCGAAUUGGGAGAUCUGUCCACCAUUUCCGACGAAUCCAUUAUCGAUGAACUCAUUGCUAUUCGUAACAGUAAUUGAGUUCAUGGCUGUCGAGGAAUGGCUUGUUAUUGAAUUAGUUGUUCAUUAAUUUUAU